UGUCUAGCGGCGGCGGUCAAGGUAUAAAUUAUCACUAGAUCCAGCCUACCCCAAUCAUAUUGUACGGAGCAAUAUGCCGUGUUCAAUUAUGAAGUUAAAGCCUGUGUUAUUAGUGAUGCGGAGACAGCCCGGUAACCGCCCAGUACACUCUCCGAUGAAAGCGAUCAACUUUUAUCCUUACUAGCCAGUGAGCCACUUUGGAUACUACAGUAUGUGAAGCCGUUUCUACUACCACGAUUCAUAUCCCAAGCCAGUCGACCAGGAAGGUCUAUUCCAUCACACAGGAUUUGAACUUUAUCCUUUGAGCUAGCAGAAGUUGCUUUGAGACGAUUAACCGGCGCUACCCAUAUGCCGGUAUUUGCAGCAUCUUUCUGUUUUUUAUCAACCGCGGCAGAGCCAGAUAUUCCAAUGUAAAAGCCCUGACUAUUAAGCAAAUUUUUCCUCACGCCUUUUAAAACGACCACCAUGAAGCAUCACUGGAAAUAUUCUGUUUUCUUUUUCUUCUAUACCGCCAUACUACGCCCUAUUUCCUCCCAGCUAUGUCCAGAAAAGUGCACGUGUCAAUGGAUAAACGGCUAUUACACAGCCGACUGUAGCCAGCGCAACCUCACCAGCAUUCCGGCGGACAUCCCGUCCAACGUGAUCGUUCUUAAUUUAAGCGGUAACCAGCUUCGGCACAUUGAAAACGCCACAUUUACCCGCAACAAUCUCGCUCAUUUGCUCAAGCUAGACUUAUCCUACUGUCACACAGCAACAAUCGAUUCAUUAGCCUUCAUCGGUAUGAGCAAUUUGCGUGAACUGAAUCUGGCCGGCAAUCAGCUACAGCAACUGCCCAGCGCCAUCUUCACCGACAUACGCAAUCUCCGUGUCUUAUCCCUGCGUCACAAUCACCUCCAAACAAUCCCCAAUUUGGCUUUUAACCAGCUCAACCAGCUGGAGACACUGGACAUGCAGUAUAGUCAAAUUCAUCAUGUUGAUCAAGAGGGAUUGCGCGGAUUAGACCAACUGAGAUCACUACAGCUUAAUGGUAACCAACUGCGCCGAUUAACACUGGCCACACUCGCACCGCUCAAAUCACUGCAACAACUCGAUCUGCAUAAUAAUCCCUGGGACUGUAAUUGUCAUGUCCGUGAUGUCAAUGCAUGGAUGCGGCAGCGCCGUGUUGGCAGUGGAUUCCUUCCGAUGUGCCACGAACCGGUAGAAUUUCGUGGCCGAAAUUGGGAUCAAAUUUCAAUAGAAAAGUUCGCCUGCACCCCUGAAAUUCUCUCCUUAGAAGCUUUCAAUAUCCUUCCCGGUCAGAAUAUUUCCGUUGAGUGUUCGGUUUUUGGUGACCCCAUUCCGGAAAUCUUCUGGUAUUUCAACGACAAUCCUGUCAAUUUCAGUAAUACCAAAUACGAAAGCUACUCCCAGAACAUUACCACGCAUUUCAUCCAUAUGCUAAUUAUCCGCAAUGCUAGCGAAGAGGAGGACGGGGGAAAUUAUCGAUGUUUCGCUACCAACUGGGCGGGCAACACGACCGGUAUAAUGCCGCUCUUUCAAUCAAGUGGAAUCUUAAGUGCCACUGAAGCAACCAUUCUCCUAAUUGUUUUGCUGCUCAUAAUUUUCCCGAUUAUGAUUCUAGCAAUAUACUACUGCAAAUACAAACAGCAUCCGCCCAAACUGUGUUCAACGCUGUGGAAACACACACCUGGUAUUCCAGAUAAAUUUCGCUGUGUGACCUAUUACAAAACUUCCGAUGCCAUGCUGACACCGCCGUCAAAACCGGAAGAAUCGCUCCUCUUACUCACUCGCACCGAGCCCAACAAAGAAACAACAAUCAACGUAAUUGAGUGUCAAAACCCGCCGAGUGACGCUGUUGUUCCGCCGCCAUAUGGAGGCAGUAAUGCGUAUCAAAUUUCCGAUACCAGUGAGGAGGAUAAGGAUUCUGGUAUACAGCACGAGGAAGAGAACAGCAGUGUGAGAAAUGAUAGCAGCAACGGCACGCCGCAAGAUUUAUUCACAGAUUCGGAUCAUGAAUCUGUGAGCAAAAGCCGAACUGUCACAUUUUCGCCUAAUACCAGCGUCUACACCAAUUCUAUGCGAAGAUCGCCAGGCCCGGCAAAAAUCGCAGUUAAUUGUUUACCGGGUUAUGACCCGUAUUUAGGCACCGAAGUGUAAAAUUUAUUAAUAAAUACUUUAUUACAGCAUUAUUACUCUCGACUUUAGGUCGCUAUGUGCUCGAUAACUUCGGAAAAUGAUGCAUUUACGUACACUUGUGUUACUGAUAUGUGAGAUCCGAAUUCACUACAAAUGGACCAAAUGUUUUAGAAAUAAACU